UUCUCUCUCAUACUCACCCCCUUCACCCGCCUCUCUCUCUUUCCCUCAUCUCUUCUCCCCUCGCCCCGCUUUCCUCUUCUCCUCCUCCGAACGGAUCACCGGCGAGCAGCAGCCCCGGCGACUCCUCUCUCUCCCUCUCGUCUUCCUCUUCUCCUCUUCCCUAGACCCCUCUCUCUUUUCCCAUCCUCUCUUCUUUCAGCGAACUCCAGGCUGCCAGCAGCUCCAACCAGCGACAGCAAGCCUGCAGCUCGGCUAGAGGGCGAUAGCAACAACACCAACUGCUCAAGCUGAGGCUCAAAAUCCUGUGAUUUCGUACCAAACGGAUCUCCUCAGAUCCGUCCAGGGAAGAGUCCAUAUAUCUUGUUGUAGUUACAACAUGGGGAUUGGCCAUGGUGUUGACUCCCUCAUUGUUGUAUUGCUGCUGAGUUCAAUGGUUUCCACUUGUGUUGCUUACCGCCCCGGUGACAUCGUUCCAAUGAGCAAAAUGGGUCAAUACCACUCUUCGAGGACUGUUUGGCAUGAUAUGAUUGGAAAACAUUGUCCCAUUUUCGGGGUUAAUCGGGAGGUGUUGAUACCGAUUCCAAAACCAACUGGUUUUACUGGAGCUGAUCCUUACAAGAUAUCAUUCCAAGUUGGAAGAGAAAAAUAUCACGUGCCAUGGUUGUUUGUGAUUAAUCGGAAGAGUUCUGAGGUUCCAAUGAUUGAUGUGCAUUUGAGGUAUUCUGGAGGUGAUUUGCUUGGUGUUACUGCUAAGGUCAUUGAUAUGCCUCAUCACUAUAUUGAACUUCAUCCUGAUAUAGGCGAACACUUUUGGGAUCCUCAACACUGGCCAAAGCACGUGCUUGCUAGAUAUACAUGGGAAGAGCAGUCGGAGAUAGAUGUGGCGUCGGGAUUUUAUGUUCUCUUUGGAUCAGGAGUAGUGCUUUCCUUCAUCCUGGCUGUCUACACUUUGCAGUCAUCUCGAGAUAAGUUGGAAAAGUUUGUAAGGGAGACUGUUGCUGAGACCAGCAUCCCUGGCGUAGUAGUGGCAAAAGUUGAAUGAUAGAAGUUUUAGUUAUAGAUAACAUUCCGAUUUGAGUUUAGAUGAUGGAACGAUCAGGUGUACAAGUUUACGACAUUUGUUAGGGGAAAAAUUAUAUAGAAGAUAGAUUCUGGAAGUAAUGCUUGAGUUUCCCUUAGCUGUAUUUGUUUUGCCAGAUUUUUGAUAUACACAUUUCAUCACCAAAAGGGUGGCAGAAAAGCAUUAGUUAUACUUUAUUCUAUUUUCUA